AUGAAAGAAAGCAUUAAAGACUACAAAAAAAGGCUUCAUUAUGAACAGCAACAAUACUACAGAAAUAAAAAAAAAAAACUUAUCUCUAACAACAGAGAAGAACUUAUAACCAAUCAUCAAAUUGGAGAAACAAGCUAUGCAGCUACUCUACAAGUUGAACUAAGCCAAGAACUUGAAGCUAACGUAAGCACUUUGAAUCUUGAUUUUAGGCCUAUCCAAGAUGAUUUAACUAUUGUUUCUACUGCCUUAGUUGCUAAUAUUUCUUUAGUUACAGCUCAACUACAACAAUUAAAAGCACAUAAUAUUAGAAUGUAUAAUUCUGCAUUAGCUUUUAUGUUUAUAGGUGUGACAAUUGAUCAUAGUGUAACAGGAACAAGUAGCGUUUAUAGCUUCUGCAUCCAUGAUGAAAUGUAUUAUAGCAUAGGUUUUUUAUUUCCUGAAGAAAAUAAUAGCAACAAUCAACCUAAAUUUGCACAAAUCUAUAUAUAUGAUACUGAGCAUGAAUUGCAAAAUAGGAUGAAUCAAAUGUUAUAUGAUAUUAAUCCCUAUUGCAGAAUAUUUAACCAAGCUACUAAUAUAUUAAAUUCAAAUUCAAUAUUUAACUUUAGGAUGGUAAUCACUGACAGUAGAUCCAAAGACUCUAGGCAUUAUAAUACUCCAACUACUUCAGAAGUUGCAAUAAUUAUGGUUGGAAUUAAAAGGAUAUCUGAGCUUCAUCAUGCUUAUGAAUCAUUGCACUAUGUCCUUAUGUUUCCAAGAGGUGAAGAUGGUUGGCAUUUAUAUAUACCUACUACUGAUAUGUCUUUUUCUAUAUCACUACCUAGCAAUUCUGAACCCGAACUCCUGAUAAUAGAUGAAGAAGAAGGAAUAUGUAUAAUAAAAUAUAUUACUGCUAUGAAAUAUUAUGCAUAUCAUCUUUACCUUGGCUGUCCAAAUAAACUAAUAGUUAUAUAUUUAUUUGGUCGACUAUUUCAACAGUGGGUUGUUGAUAUUGGCUUACAAGACACAAUGCAGGCAAGAGACAGUAUAACUACCAUGUCAAAUGUAGGCCAACAUGUCAUUUUACCUUCAAUACUUGGAAAACCUAAUCUUUUUAUCACAAUAACUUGCAAUCCACAAUGGCCAGAAAUUACUAAUGCUCUUCUUUUAGGUCAAACUUCACAAGACAGACCUGAUUUAAUAGCUUGUGUUUUUAACUUAAAAUUAAAGACCUUAUUCAAAGUAAUUUUAAAAGAAGAAAUUUUAGGAAAAAUUAUCACUUAUAUUUAUACUAUAGAAUUCCAGAAACGUGGAUUACCUCAUGUGCAUUGUCUUUUUAUUCUUGAUCCUGCUUAUAAGCCCAACUCAAUUGUUAAUUAUGAUCCCAUUGUAUCAGCUGAGAUUCCAGAUGCAAAUAUUGAUCUUUAUAUCUUUAAAACUAUAAAAUGUUCUAUGAUGCAUGAUCCAUAUAAAAAAACUGUCAUUAAUAAUGACAGUUAUCCUGUCUAUAUGCAAAGAGACAAUGAUAGAACUGUAGAAGUUCGACAUGAUUAUGCUACUAUAGAACUCAGAAGACCAGCCAAUGAGCAUGAACAACAUGUGAAUAUUGAUGAAAUAAAUCUCUAUCUUGAUGCUCAAUAUGUUUCUGUAUCAGAAGCUUCUUGGAGAUUAUUUUAUUACAAGUUGCAUAAUAGAAAUCCAGCUAUUAUGCAACUUCAAAUUCACCUUUCUGGAAACAUAGAAGAAGCCUAUGAUGCUUUAGGUUUAUUACAAAAUAAUGAUAAAUGGGAUCAAUGCUUAAGUGAAUCUGCAUUUAUACAAUCUGAGUCUCAACUACAUUAUUUGUUCGCUACUCUUCUCUUAUUUUGUAACCUUAUUCAUCUUGAGGCUUUAUGGGAAAAAUAUUUUACUUCACUUAGCGAUGACAUUAGAUUACAAUUUUCUGAUAUUAGUAACUCUAAUACUAAUUUGCAAAAUCAAGCUUUAUUCUACUUACAGUUUAUUUUAAAUAAGCACAGCAGAUCUCUUCAAGAGUUUCCAAAUAUGUCUAUACCACAUAUUAUAUCUGAUUCUGACCAAAGUAUACAGCUACUUGCUGAAGAAAAAGACUAUAAUAUCAAAGACCUCAUUCAUACUAUCGAAACUAGAAUUCCUCUGUUAAAUACUGAUCAAAAAGCGAUUUUUUCCAAAGUGAUAUCGGCUAUUGACAUUUGUACACCUACAGUAUUAUUUGUUGAUGAUCCAAGUAAAACAGGAAAAACAUUCCUUUAUAACAUAAUACUUGCAAAAGUUCAUUUAAGUGGUCAUAUUGCUCUUGCUGAUGAAGCUCCAAUAGCAUAUAGAAAUGCUCCAGAAGCUUUAAAUCGAAUCUUACAAGAUCUUAUGAAAGCUAUAGAUCCUUUUUUUGAACAUUUGCCUUUUGAAGGUAAAGUUGUUAUAUUUGGAGGUGAUUUUCAUCAAAUCUUUCCUAUUGUAGUAAAAGGUAGCUGUGAAGAUAUUGUAGGAUCCUGCUUAAAACACUCACCUCUUUGGACUAAUAUCGAUGUUAUGUUCUUGAAAACUAAUAUGUGCCUUUUAAAUUCUACUAAUACUUCUAAUAUUUUUGAGAAAACUGAGUUCACCGAAUGGCUUCUUAAAAUUGGUGAAGGUCUUAUCCCUACAAUUGACAACCAAAGUGAUACUAUUCAACUUCCAAGAAAUAUACAUACAAUCCUUACUCCUAAAAAUGACGAUGUUAAUACUAUUAACUCUACAAUUAUGUCUUAUUUUCCAGAAGAACUGAUUCAAUAUCUUAGCACUAAUACAAUUGAGAAGCAAAAUGACAAUAUGCACAUAUAUCCU